AUAAAGAAACGUUUGAUUCUGGAGGGUUCUCUCAUGAUCACUUGUGCGUCGUUACCGCAGCUGCGGCUUGCCGCACGAUAGAAUCACUGAGGUUCACGUACGUACGACGCGUUUUCAACGACUGCGACAAAGAGCGAUUCGCUUGCGGUGAGUCGAAAUGGAAGGGACCCAACAAGCGGGCCGGUGGAUUUGUCGGUUGGUCGGUCAGUGUACUCUUCGCGAUGGCUGCAUCAAGUACCAACGGCAUCAUCGAUCUGUUGGAGAAGUUUCUGAAGAUUCUCAAGGAGGAGCAUGCGUUCGACCGAUCGGAUGAUCAACCUGUUGUGCGAUUCCGUUACCCCGCAUAUUUACAGAAAAAGAUGUCACUCUCUUUGGAUGACAACCCAGCGAGCGGCAAGGAAAUAGAAACGGCGAUAAGACAGACUAUACGAUACUCCGUGAAAACGUCCAGUCCGCAUUUUCACAAUCAACUCUACGCCGGGGUCGACGAGUACGGAUUAAUUGGCUCUUGGUUGACGGACGUGUUGAACACCAGCCAGUAUACCUACGAAGUCGCGCCUGUGUUUACUCUGAUGGAGCGAGAAGUGAUACAAAAGUCACUGGAGCUGGUCGGCUACCCGCCGAUGCCGGACGCGGACGGUAUGAUGUGUCCAGGCGGUAGCAUAUCGAAUAUGUAUGGAAUGUUGCUGGCCAGGCACAAAAUAAUGCCGUAUGUGAAAAAGUCGGGACUCUGUUCGCUGAAAUCGCCUCUAGCGUGUUUCACUAGCGAAGACAGUCAUUACUCAAUCCUGAAAGCUGCCAAUUGGUUGGGCUUUGGCACCGAUCAAGUUUACAAGGUGAAGACGGAUGAGUUUGGCCGCAUGAAAGUGGGUGACCUGAAGAGACUUCUAAUGAAGGCGAAGAGCGACGGGAAACUACCGUUCUUCGUGAACGCCACCGCCGGGACCACGGUGCUAGGUGCCAUUGAUCCGUUGCCGGAAAUUGCCGCGAUAUGCCGAAACGAGUCACUCUGGCUGCACGUAGACGCUUGUCUCGGGGGGACCUUGCUGUUCUCGGAAAAGUACCGGUACAGGCUGCGGGGCAUCGAAAUGUCGGACUCCGUGUCUUGGAACCCGCACAAGAUGCUCGGUGUGCCGUUGCAAUGCUCUUUAUUCCUGGUCAAAGGUAAAAAUGCGCUGCACGAGGUGAAUUGCGCCCAAGCCAGGUAUCUUUUCCAGCAGGACAAAUUUUACGACGUCAGUUGGGACACGGGCGAUAAAAGCGUACAAUGCGGUAGAAAGGUCGACGCAAUGAAGUUCUGGUUAAUGUGGAAAGCCCGCGGCAAGAUCGGCCUCGCGCGAUCGGUGGAACAAGCGAUGUCCUGCGCGGAAUACUUUCUAAAGCGAAUUAAGGAGACUACUGGCUUCCGGCUGGUGCAAUCUCACUAUCAGUGUUCCAAUGUCUGCUUUUGGUAUGUACCGCCGAUGAUGCGCAAUCAGAAGGAGACUCCAGCUUGGUGGAAGAAACUGUACGAGGUCACAACGCAGAUAAAAAAACGCAUGACGCUGGACGGCUCUCUCCUGAUUAGUUAUACGCCGUUGGCGCAGAAGGAGCUCGGCAAUUUCUUUCGCAUGGUCGUGAACUGCCAACCGCCACCCACGAAGUCGUCCAUGGACUACGCUAUCAGUCAGAUAGAAAAAUUCGCGGCUGAUUUGUAGAAACGAGCUCUCGUGCUUUUCUUCGCGAGCUAAAAGUAUAACAUUGAAGAUUCGUUUUUAUUGCGAAGAUUGGCAUUUGAUUUGAAGUACUUACGGAGUCGUAAAAAAGAAAGAAUGUCUUUAUUGUCUAUAUUACAAACAAGUGCGCGGGAUAAAUGCAUCGGGUACGGUAUUUAUUACUCGCGUAUACAUGUGACCUCGAUAAUGAUAACUUAUCUGAUGCUUGGCAACAUUAAACAUUGUUACAUCAUAAA